AUGGUGAGAGAAGGCGAGGCAGCUGCCCAACAGCCCUACAUCUAUCAGGGAAUGGGCCUGGAGCAUAUGCUGGAGCUGGCGACGGGCUUCAAAAAGACCUUUGACUCACUGUGUCACAAGCUGGCCGAAAAGGUGCAAGGGAAAGAGGAGUUUGGAGGAUGGAAAGUCUCCUACAUGGAUGCCCCAAUCAAGUCAAAGGCAUCGGCAGAAAGCAAAGUGAACACCGAAUAUCACGGCGACUGUCGACAACUGAAGGACUCAUUUGACCAGAAGUCGUUGAAUGACGUGGUGCGGGGCACUCUGGUCAUUGAUGGUAACGUUGACACAACAUCCAUCGAGACCGUCUACAAGCUCCUGGAACAGCUGGUGAAGAGCGAGGAACUUCUUCGUGAUGCGAACGCGCGGUUCACACGCUUCUCCGAUCGUUACCAGAAUCCUGUUGGGCCAAGCCAGUCCGUUGGCUUGAAAUGGCAGUUCUUUUCUUCGCGGAGGUAUCGGGACUUUUUGUUCCUGCUGAAGAUUGGUGAUUUCCUUUGUGAGCUGCAGAUGGCUCACCUCUUCAAGAGAAGGCAGAACAAGCAACACAAAGUAUACGAGAAGGAGCGCAUGGGCACUCGCAAGCUUCUGGAAGCUGCAAUGAACAAGGAUGAAAACAUGGUGCGAAUUCUGCUAUCCACUGACAUUGACAAGGGCCAUUUGGUGAGCACUCGCGAUUGCCAUGGUUUUACUCCAUUGCAUUACGCUGCCAGGCAUGGUGCCAUUGGCAUUCUGGAGAACCUCAUCGAUGCAGGUGCCGACGUCAUGGCCGUGGACCAAGAGGGCCUAUCGCCCCUAUACCAUUCGGUGAUGAUGCAGCACCUGGAAGCCAGUCGCAAGCUCUUAGAACAGAUGUCCAAGCGGCCCAAGCAGGAUCUACGGACUCCCGCCCUUCAGAAAACCAUGCAGAGCAUCUGGGGAGCCAUUCACUUCUCCGAGAGGCUCCGUGGACUGAAGGUGAACGCCUGCGAGCUGGCGAAGAGAGCCUUCACAACGCCAGCCAGGCACGUGUUUGGCCUUGCCGCCUCCGGUGACGUGCUGGCCAUGAAGGCGGCACGCGAGACCUUAGACGAGGAGUACUUGGGAUUGGGGUGGUUUCAAACCACCACCGAUGUGGCCACCGGCAUGCGGAUGCUAAUGCUGGACUGGGCCAUCGCCAGCGGUUCGGCAGCCAUGGCGACUUUGGUCCGUGAGCUUGGAAACAGCGUCAGCCGAUUUGGUGAUGACCUCUCGAUGUAUUCCAAGAAGGAAGAAGUCCAGUCGCUAGUCUCCAGAGGGCAGAAGGGCAGAUUCAGGGCGUACCAUGCAGUGCGACCCAUCCUGCCCCAAGAGAUGGCGGAGUAUCUCUGCCUAGCGUGCGAGCACCAACGUUUGGACAUGGCGUACGCCAUUUGGACGAUGGCCAGCGGAGACCUCAAAGAGGUGCUAAACGCAGAGCAAAAGGCCUCCCUGGCCGAGCUCGGGGGAGACGCGGCGGCCACCGGCCACAUCGAGUUCGUACGCCUGCUCAUCGAAGCCGAGGUGCCCCUGGACCAUGAGUCCAAGAGGAACGGGAAGAAGAUGAUCCGCCGAGCCGCGGACAACGGACAGGUGCAGGUGAUCCGACACUUGGCCGCCGCAGGCGCGUCGGUGGAAGGCAGCGAUCUCGGUGCGGCGGCGUCGAAGGGACAUCUCCAAGCGAUGAAAGCGCUGAUCGAGGCCAAAGCUGAUCCGAACGACAGGUAUGGCAGCGCCGCAUCAGACUGCCCCGCGGGCCGGGCUGCGAUGAGCAACCAGUCCGAAGCCUUGCAGUUGCUUCGGUCGCGCGGGGUGAAUAUCGGCACGAAGGAGCUAAUCGCCUUGGCCAAGGAGAAGCAGAGCAGGGAAUGCCUGGCAGUGAUGGAAGAGCAUCGGGCCGAAACAGCGACCUGA